AUCCUAGAAAAAUCAGUGAACUCCAUUCUAGGUGGUUAUCGAGUGAAGGUAAUACUUCAAUGAACAUACAGUGAACAUUUUUCAGAUUUUUGGAGGCCUCUCUCUAACAAAGUAUCAUCCCUUCCGAAUUUGAUUCCUACUCUGGGGUCCUUCCGUACGAUUACAUAUGUAAGCUCUGGGUUCUUCCAUGGGGAGCUGGGAAGUCGUUGCCAUCAUGCUGAUUUUUAAAUCAUUCUAGGCCACUAGAUGUUUUCCACAGGGGUUGCCCUUCUCCUAUGUGAUUGGUGGAUUUUAUAGAGUUGGGAUUAAAUUGAGUCCUCUGUUUCGGGAAUGGGUACCUAGGACACAUGAAGCAUAUCCUCCAAAUGGUUUCCUAUUUGUCUUCCAAAUCUAGUUGUGUAUUUUUUACUUUAUUUUUCACGAAUUUUUGAACAGGUGGGCAGUGAAAGAACUGGCAGCUUAAAGAAGCUUGGUGUUUAGUGGCAAGAAAGUGGGUGAGCUCUCCUCACCAUGAGCCUGAUCCAGGAAAAGUUUAUUCUUCCUAAUCAAGCAGGUCUCAAUGACAGAUGAUACUCGUUCUAUAGCAGUUUGGCCUAUUCACGGGAAAAUCACUCAAAAUGGAAAGUACUGGAUUUUACUCCUCUCCAAGAAGAGUCCGUGGGACUGGUUAAGGUCAAAAUCUAAGGAUUUUACCAGCUGUCAUCAGUCCCCUUUUGCUUUCUUUUUCGACCACAUGAAACUUGAGAAGCCAUCUAAAGCUAAAUCAUUUAGUGGAGUUGAGCAAUUCCCAAGUGUCCAACAAGAAGGCCUGGUUUAGGCUGCGAUGGCCACUGUCAUUCCUGGUGAUUUGUCAGAAGUAAGAGAUACCCAGAAAGUCCCUUCAGGGAAACGUAAGCGUGGUGAAACCAAACCAAGAAAAAACUUUCCUUGCCAACUGUGUGACAAGGCCUUUAACAGUGUUGAGAAAUUAAAGGUUCAUUCAUACUCUCACACAGGAGAGAGGCCCUACAAGUGCACGCAACAAGACUGCACCAAGGCCUUUGUUUCUAAGUACAAAUUACUAAGGCAUAUGGCUACUCAUUCUCCUGAGAAAACCCACAAGUGUAAUUAUUGUGAGAAAAUGUUUCACCGAAAAGAUCACCUAAAGAAUCACCUCCAUACACACAACCCCAACAAAGAGGCCUUUAAGUGUGAAGAAUGUGGCAAGAACUACAAUACCAAGCUGGGGUUUAAACGUCACCUGGCCUUGCACGCUGCAACAAGCGGUGACCUCACCUGCAAGGUAUGUUUGCAGACUUUUGAAAGCACAGGGGUGCUCCUGGAGCACCUAAAAACUCAUGCCGGCAAGUCGUCGGGUGGGGUGAAGGAGAAGAAGCACCAGUGUGAACAUUGUGACCGUCGGUUCUACACCCGCAAGGACGUCCGCAGACAUAUGGUAGUGCAUACUGGAAGAAAGGACUUCCUCUGUCAGUACUGUGCACAGAGAUUUGGACGGAAGGAUCACUUAACUCGUCACAUGAAAAAGAGUCACAACCAAGAACUUCUGAAGGUCAAAACCGAACCCAUGGACCUUCUAGAUCCCUUUACCUGCAAUGUCUCUGUGCCUAUAAAGGAUGAGCUGCUCCCGGGGUUGUCUUUGCCUUCCAGCGAACUGACAUCAAAGCCAUUUACAAACACUUUGCAGUUGAACCUCUACAGUUCUCAGAUUCAGUCGAUGCAGGGUUCCGGCCCCGCGCAUCCAAUGGUCAGCACAUCACUACCCUUGGGGAUGACGUGUCCGUUAGAUAUGGACUCCGUCCAUCCCGCCCACCAGCUGUCUUUGAAAUACCCACUCAGUUCUACCUCAUACGCAGUUUCUAUGCCUGAAAAAGAACAGCCGCUGAAGGGGGAAAUCGAGAGUUACCUAAUGGAGUUGCAAGGCGGUAUGCCGUCUUCGUCGCAGGAUACUCAAGCGUCCUCCUCGAAAUUAGGGUUGGAUCCUCAAGUAGGGCCACUAGAUGAUGGAUCUGGGGAAGGGCCCCUGUCCAAAGGCUCUGUUCCCAUUAGCGAACCUCUAAGCGCACCGUCUCUGGACUUCUGUCAGUUGUUCAAUUUCAUACCGGUCAAUGGCCCGCCCUAUAAUCCCUCUGUAUCGGUGGGAAGCCUGGGAAUGAGCUACUCACAAGAGGAGGCACAUUCUUCGCUGGCUCAGCUUCCACCACCGACACAGGAUCCUCAAGAUCCUGGGAACAGUAUAGGCCUUGGGUCUCUGCACUCGCUGUCAGCAGCUUUCACCAGUAGUCUAAGCACAGCCACCACCCUGCCCCGUUUCCAUCAGGCUUUCCAGUAGGAUACGGAAGCUGACCUAAUGCAAGAUGUAUUUGUAGAAAUGCCUUAGGUGAAUGACCGUUUUGCAUUUAGUGCCUGCUAUAAAUCGUGAAAUCCGCUUUUGUCGCAUCCCGGUCUCAUUAAGCCAGUAAGAAGUGGAAACUAACUUUUUAAGUGAGCUUCGGAACCAUCUGUUCUCGAAUGUUUACCUUGCUUUAAGUCUCAAAAGAGUCGUGUCUUCUUUUCACUGCCGUUUGACAUACCUUUUGAAAAAACGGAGAAAGGAAAGCCAUCACUGCAAAAUUCCGUAAACCAUUAUUCCGGGUUAAAACGUCUUUAAAGAUCGGCCUCUCGUAUUUUUUUUUUUUUCCCGUCAGAUGACAGCUCUGCCUUUCACUCUUUUGAACAGUUAAAACCAUUUGUAGACGAACGUUGGUUUUCCAAAAGGAAUUCACACUAUUGCCUAAAGAUUGCUUCAGGAGUCGAGUAGGAUCUGAUUCGAUGCCUAAUCCGAUUAAUAAUUUCAAGUGAAUUAAAACUCCUAAAUUGAAAAAAUUUAGCCUGCUCUUUCAGGUCAGUGUGUUUUGAAGAUUGGCUCUUGUCUCUGGCUGACAUGGUUGCAGUCUGUAUUAAGGUCACACGAGCAGCUACUUAAACGCAAAGCAACGCUAUUUGGAGGGGAGAGAAAAGAGCCUUUUUGUAGAUAGUAAAUACACCAGUUUUAACGCAGAAACGACAGUAUGUUUUCAUGGCACAAUUUGGGGGAGAAUAGACGUCGUCGAUGUCUGACUCGGAAAAACGUAAAAACAGCAUACGUCAGUAAUGCAGAAUAUUCCCUGGCACGGGUUUGGUUGUUUUUUGUUUCUUGGUUUGGUUUUUGGCUUUUAACGCGCUGUCUUUCAUUGUAGUAGUGUAGAAAGUGUGUGGCGUAAGUGUCUUCAGAGUCGAUAGUCACAUACGUAGGCAUCAAUCCUUCCCAGCUGUCACUGCCAAAGGGUGGGUCAGGGCCAGCCAGAAGUCUGCUAUUGAUUGUCAGUCCAAUGUUAGCCAGCAGUCAGCCAGCUAGUGUAAAUUUGCAAGUGUUAGGUGUGUUUGAACUGGAGCGGAUCUUCUCAGCUUAUAUGGUGUGAUAUCCUCCUAAGCAAUAAAAUAGACAUUAAUCACACCUACUACACCUGGGUACUUGGUUAGGGAUGAUUUUCCCCGUUGCCAAGGUUUAAAAAAGGACUCUUAGGAGUGAAGUAAAAGCAUAUUGCUUACACCACUUUUUACCUAUUUACAAUAUUACAAUUUCUUCCCCAGCCUAAAGAGCCAAAAGCGGAAAAAAAAGAGAUAUAUAUAUGUAUGUAUAGUCUGUGAAAGCAAGCUGUAGGUUUGCUUCUACUCAGUGUUAAUUCAUCUUUCCUUGCCUUUUUUCGGACAGGGAAUUUUAAGUGACAUGCAUUGCCAACGUCUAAGGAUUCAUGCAAGGUUUGAAGUGGCUAAAUUAUAUAUAUAUAUAUGUGUGUGUAUAUAUAUAUAUAUUUGUACUUCACAGAAACAAAGUUGCUCCCAUUUAAGGAGCUUUUGCUCCCGUUAUUUUAUCAUACGCUCCUGUCUUUUUAUCUUAGGAGCAAUAGACUGGUGGAGUUUUAUACUUGUGUAUUUAAAUUUUAUUACUGAAAAAUAAUUUUUAUAAAAAUAUUUUGUGUUCCAAAGGCAUUAAAAUGAAAUGUACGAAUAAGGAAAAUACCUUUUCAAAAUCAACGAACUACUCCUAAAUAUUUGGUUUGGGAGAAUAUUUGCUCAAAAAGUGGACUUUUAGCUCUGCUUCAUUACUGCUUCCUUUAGUUUCUAUGAAACAGAUUGCUUACCUAAAACUUUAGUUGAAUGAUUAGUGUUCAAUAUUGCUUUUUUCACCAUAUUAUAGAGGUUAAAGAAAAAUAAAACUCCAGUGACAGAGCACAAAUGAAUAGAAAGUAUAUUUUAAAAUAGCAAUCAUACGUGAAAUAGCCAGGGAGAAACAUUGCUUUAUUUUUAGACCUUUUUUGAAAUCGCAGAAGUUGAAGAUUAAUGAGUUAAUUGAGACAUUGGCCUCUGUGGGCUGUAUUUUGUUGCUUAAUAAAGGGAGGGCCGGGAUGAACGGAUUAUAGCCUUCUGGAAGUGAGGUGCUUGGCAAUACACGAAUGCAGUAGUGAGUUGAAAAUCGAUCUGUGCCUAUCAGGACUGCCUGGCACUGUGAACCCUGUUUCGGUAAGAACGCUUAAGAGCCCGUGGCGGGGAAGCUUAUCUCAAGGGCCACAAGUGUCCCAACUUGGGCCCGCCGUUUCCAGUAGCGGCGUCUUGCGUUCUAGAAAGCGGAGGACUUUCUGUUCAUGUUUGAUGCCCAUUAGACCUGAUUAAAGCCCAGGUUCUGUGCCGGACCCCAUCUUGAAUCAGUCGUAGCCAGAACCGUAAUACUUAAUGCUCAACACUUCUGGUAGUGCCUUAGUUUGGUUCAGAAAGGGAUUAACAUUAGAGGAGAUCGAAACGUAGACCUCAGACAAGAUAUUGAACCUCAUUCAUUUAGGAUUUUUGCUCGCGACCGCCUCGUACGGUAACACGCCCGUGUGAAUAUUUGGAAGCAGAUUGACCCUGUCGGCAUUAUUAAGAGAUUACAGUUAUUGGCCUCUCAGAAUUUCCAUUUGUAACCCCAGUGUGACCCAGUUCCGUUUUUUUCCAACAACUUUGUUUGGCCUGGCUGACCGAUCGUGCACCACUCUUUGUGCAACUUUUUUCAUUUUAGGUAAGGUUGGUUUUUUUUCAAAAGUAUAUAUUUUUGUCUCCUUGUUGCUUGUGCUUUAUUAUUUUAGUAGUAAAUUGUGAAAUAAAGUGAUUUAUUGUGUUAAUUUUUGACAGUAGAGGUUUUUUUAAAAAAACCAUAUACUGACUGAAACAUGAGCCAGAGCUGAUUGCUUUAUUAAGCUAAUAUUGAAUGUUAAAGAGUACAUAUUUUCAGGAUCAUUUGUCUAGUGAGCUAUACAUGUAUUCUAGGCCAAUAUUUUUUAAGAAAUAAAGCUUGGUCAACCUCUAUGUUACACAUAUUACAAGAUAUAGCACUUUCAGAAAGAAAACCUAAACCUUUUAAGAAACUCUCUUAUAGGUUAUGCUUUUUAUUAUAAAACCUUUUAUUAUCAUUUGUUUCAAGUGCCAUUAGAUUACGUAUAUGUAGGCCUUUGGUAUAAUGCUUUGUGUACAAGAUGGUAGACAUUGUAAUUUUAAACAGGUACAGUUUUACAGUGUUUUCUUAUCAAUUUGCUAUAUUGCACAGAACCAGUGUGUCUUUCUUAAGGUUUUACAAUGGUUUCUCCUAGGUUUACAUGUUUCAAAACACACUGUCUUCCCCAGUACGUUUUAACUACCCACCCACUAAAGUUCCUUCAGCCCAGUUGAAACUCAUGUGAGGUAGUGACUUCAGAAGAGAUGUCAAAAAAUAGCAAAUCUGCAUAUGCAUCAUUAGCUGUGCUAGAAUAUUAUCAAUCUACGCCAGGUGGCUGCUUUAGAGUAUUUUAGUUGUCUCAUUUUUUUUUUUUCCUAUGCCGUUUUGGCAGUUCUGUACAUAAACCUAUCCAGUAAGAGUCUUAUUAAUUUUCCCUCCCUGGACUUAAAAGUAUGUAAUCCUGGGUAAGCUCCUCUACCCGGGAUGAUCUUUCAGUUCUUCUUUUCUCUCUCUCUUUUUUUUUUUUUUGGUCGGUGUACAUCCAAACAGAAUAAAGCAAUAGCAGUGUAGCGAGAGUUGUCUCGGAGACCUCGGACAAUAAAGUCGUCGUCGUAGUUUGUUGGAAGGCAGUGUCUUUUGAUAACAGUUAUCUAGUCCUAGAAAUGACACAGAACUAUUGCUAAUCAUAUAUAAACACUUCGCAGUAUAAGCUUCAGUGGUACAGUUGAACCAGAAUGAAUGUUUAUCUUCUCAGAAACACUCCUGCAAUAUUGUUAUAUUGGAUCAUGCUGCUAAUGUAACUUGGGAUACAACUCCUCAUGGUGCUACAAACUCCCUGUCUCAUUCAGAUGUAUUUUUACCAUAGAAAAAGGACUAUAUUUGACCUAAUAGGUGUAUGAUAUAUUUUUAUACUGUGACUUAAUUUGUCAUUAAUGAACUUUUUACAACACCACAAUGUAUUCAUAUGCACUUGCAAAAGGAAAAUCUUGGACAUGCAAACUUUACCAGAACAAGCCCAGCUUUUGUUCACAAGGUGACUGUUAAUUAAAAUGAAAAAUGGGCUGUUUUUAUAUGGUGUGGAGUGAAGAACAUACUGUAUGUUGCUAAGAGCCCUUUGAAUUUCUGAAAAACUGGGAAAAUGGAUCAUGACAUACCUGAACAUGAGUUGGAUUGCUGAAAUUGUAUUUUUAGCUAGUUGAAAAAAAAAAUGUGUGAACUCGUGAGCUAAAAUGUUUCAAUGAUAAAGAUUUUGAGUCAAAAUAGAAAAAAAAGAUGCAUUCCAGGCCGAAUUUGUAUAUGUUUCUUUGCAUUUAAAGUUGCUAUCCUGUGAUAUGGGAAAUUGAGUUGCUUAUCAUGUAUAUGUACUUAAAAUGUAUUCACAAACUACUGUUGUAUUUGUAUAAAAUAUAGACAAAAAGAUUGCAUAUAUAUUUUUGUGUAUAAGCUCUGUAAAAUAGCAAUCACAUUAUGAAGCUGCAGCAGUACUUCAUUUUAAACAUUCACAUCCAAAGAAACAGACUAUUUAUUGUCCAGAUACCCCGAUUAUAAAAUAUAACUUGCUGCUAUGAAACAAUAGUGCUGCAGCUUCUCGUGGCCUACAGUGUUAUGUUUGCUGUACAAAAAAAAAAAUAUGUGAACUCCACAAAAUAUAUCAAUAAAAUUACAGAAUGGUUUUAGUUAAUGUA